AUGCCUCACUUUACCAUGUCCCUCGAGACUCUCCAGCUCGUCACCCUCUGCUGCGCUGCCCUCUGCAGCCUGGCGCUCCUCCACACCGCGCGCACCAUCUCCAGCAGCCUGCGCAACACAUCCAGUGCUCUCCUCUAUUACGCCGCCGAACUAACCCCAGUGGAAGAGGAGGAGGAAGAAGAGGAGAAGGAUGAAAGAGAGGAAUUUCCGUCGUCGGAUCUCGUCUCACCACCAGCGUCUCCGACGCCUCCGUCGCCCACCACUCCCGACGCCAUGGACCUGCUGUUGUACCAGGAGGCGACGGCGGCGGCGACGACGACGCAACCCGAAUGGGAAGCGCCACUCAGCCCCGUGCUGUCGUCUUCCAGCUCGUCGCUGUCGCCGCUGCCUGAGGUUGCCGUCUCUUCGCUGGAAGAGGAGCUGCGCCGGGCGGCGCGGUCCGAGUCGGUCCAGCCCGGUAUCAGCCCACCCACCCGCCCCGGCUCAAGCAGACCGUUGAGCUACCCUGGGGUAGCUCGGGCGGCGCAGAAAGAAAAGGAAGGGCUGCAGGCGUGUAAGCGCACGAGCUUGAUCGCGGUGCCGGUGGCGCCCGCUCGAUGCGUCAAGAGGGACUGUGACGGUGGGAUGAAGAAAUGA